AUGGCGGCGGGGGUAGCAGCGUGGCUGCCCUUUGCAAGGGCAGCAGCCAUCGGGUGGAUGCCUGUGGCCUCGGGGCCCAUGCCAGCUCCCCCGAGGCAGGAGAGGAAAAGGACUCAGGAUGCUCUCAUUGUGCUGAACGUGAGUGGCACUCGUUUCCAGACGUGGCAGGACACCCUGGAACGUUACCCAGAUACUCUGCUGGGCAGUUCAGAGAGGGACUUUUUCUACCAUCCGGAGACCCAGCAGUAUUUUUUUGACCGUGACCCAGACAUCUUUCGCCACAUCCUGAAUUUCUACCGUACUGGGAAGCUCCACUACCCUCGCCAUGAGUGCAUCUCCGCUUAUGAUGAAGAAUUGGCCUUCUUUGGCCUCAUCCCAGAGAUUAUUGGCGACUGCUGUUACGAGGAGUACAAGGAUCGCCGGCGAGAGAACGCCGAGCGUCUCCAGGACGAUGCUGACACGGACAACGCCGGAGAGAGUGCGCUGCCCACCAUGACCGCUCGGCAGAGGGUCUGGCGGGCCUUUGAGAACCCCCACACCAGCACCAUGGCCCUGGUGUUCUACUAUGUAACCGGCUUCUUCAUUGCCGUCUCAGUCAUCGCCAAUGUGGUGGAAACAGUGCCAUGUGGGUCCAGCCCGGGUCACAUUAAAGAACUGCCCUGUGGGGAGCGGUACGCCGUGGCCUUCUUUUGCCUGGAUACAGCCUGUGUCAUGAUCUUCACAGUGGAGUACUUGCUUCGCCUGGCGGCAGCUCCUAGCCGUUACCGCUUUGUGCGUAGCGUCAUGAGUAUCAUCGACGUGGUGGCCAUCCUACCUUAUUACAUUGGGCUGGUGAUGACAGACAAUGAGGAUGUCAGUGGAGCCUUUGUCACACUCCGCGUCUUCCGGGUCUUCCGGAUCUUUAAGUUUUCCCGCCACUCGCAAGGCCUGCGUAUCCUGGGGUAUACGCUGAAGAGCUGUGCCUCAGAGCUGGGCUUCUUGCUCUUCUCGCUCACCAUGGCUAUCAUCAUCUUCGCUACGGUUAUGUUCUACGCCGAGAAGGGGUCUUCGGCCAGCAAGUUCACCAGCAUCCCUGCUGCUUUUUGGUACACCAUCGUCACCAUGACAACGCUAGGGUAUGGCGACAUGGUACCAAAAACCAUAGCAGGGAAGAUUUUUGGCUCCAUCUGUUCGCUGAGCGGAGUCUUGGUCAUUGCUCUACCUGUCCCGGUGAUCGUAUCCAACUUCAGUCGGAUCUACCACCAGAACCAACGGGCAGACAAACGAAGAGCACAGAAGAAAGCCAGACUGGCCAGGAUCCGGGCAGCCAAAAGCGGAAGUGCAAAUGCUUACAUGCAGAGCAAACGGAAUGGCUUACUCAGUAACCAACUGCAGUCCUCCGAGGAUGAGCAGGCCUUUGUUAGCAAAUCUGGCUCCAGCUUUGAAACCCAGCACCACCACCUGCUUCACUGCCUAGAAAAAACCACGAAUCACGAAUUUGUGGAUGAACAAGUCUUUGAAGAAAGCUGCAUGGAAGUUGCAACAGUUAAUCGUCCUUCAAGUCACAGUCCCUCUCUUUCUUCACAACAAGGAGUCACCAGCACUUGCUGUUCAAGACGACACAAGAAAACCUUCCGCAUUCCAAACGCCAACGUAUCUGGAAGCCACCGAGGGAGCGUGCAAGAACUCAGCACGAUUCAGAUUAGAUGUGUGGAGAGAACCCCACUAUCUAACAGCCGAUCCAGUUUAAAUGCCAAAAUGGAAGAGUGCGUUAAACUAAACUGUGAACAACCUUAUGUGACUACAGCAAUAAUAAGCAUCCCAACACCUCCAGUCACCACCCCCGAAGGAGAUGACAGGCCAGAGUCUCCCGAGUACUCAGGAGGCAAUAUCGUCAGAGUGUCUGCUCUGUAA